AUGCCCAACGUAGUCCAGCUCGGUGAUACUUAUCACAUUGAAGGACGUCCGCGAGAGGACUUCAAGAUUGUGAAUGUCUACCAUCCAUCCAAUAUUCCAGGGAAAGCCGUCGUUAUCAUCUCGAUCGAUAUGGUUCCUAACGCAGCUACACCUCCGCAUACGCACUCGGGCGCAGCAGCUAUUGCAAUGAUGAUUGAUGGUGUUGUGUUAAAUCAAAUGAAUUGCGAUGAACCCAUCGUCUCCCAGAAAGGAGAAAUGUGGUAUGAAGCCCCCGGCUGUCAUCACGUUCGAUCGGAGAACAAUGGAUCGGAAGGAGCUAAGUUCCUGGCGGUUCUCAUUAUUGACGAUCAAGUUAUCAAGGAUGGGUUGCACAAUAUUAUUGUUUUAGACGCUGACCGGGAGGGUACUGCCGCAUGA